AUGAGCAAUGCAGAGCUGCGCACGCAAGAUGUGGUCAAGGUGCUGACUAACGAGCACAUCAAGCGACAAGGCGAGAAGAUGACAACGGCAACGAAAAUGGUGAAGACUGAAGAUGCGACAAAGGCAUUCAGUACCGAGCGCAAGCCCUACCAAUGCACAUACUGCGGCAAGGUGGGGCACACGGCAGAGCGUUGCUGGACGAAGCAAAAGGAUGAAAGUCGAGGAGCCCAACGCGGCGGCAAUGGUCGUGGACGCGGGGCAAACAAUGUCCAGUGGCGACAUUAUGAUGAAGGCAACAGCUACGAUCGAGUGGCGUUUGCAGUUUCGUUCGAAUGCGGAGUUUCGACGAACAAGAAUGGACCAGGAAUGUGGGCCGUUGACAGCGGGGCAACACAUCACAUCUGCCACGACAAGUUCAAGUUUGCAAGCUUGGUCGAAGGCAAUGAUGGCGAGAUCCUGGUGGCUGAUGGCAACAAGGCGGCCAUCAAAGGUGUGGGGACCAUCGUGGAAAAGGUGAUUCUGCCAAACGGGGAAGAGCGCGAGAUCGAGAUCAAGAACGCGCUCUAUGUGCCCAGCAUGAGCAAAAAUCUGCUCUCGGUGCCGCAGAUUAACAAGCACGGCAACUUCCAAGUGGUGUUUGACGGGGAUACGAUGUACGUCGCUCGCAAGGAUUCCAAUCAAGUGGUGGCAGCUGCGGAUCUUGUAGACGGACUCUACUGGCUUCGCACGACGCAGCGAUCGGCCAAUGCGACAUCACUCAACAACGCUGUUGAUCUACAUGCGCGAAUGGGCCAUGCUCCAGUCGACGUACUUCGCAAGAUGGUGACAAGCCACAUGAUCAAGGACGCUCACAUCCCUUCCAAGCCGAAUGGAUCAAGUGUGUGUCGAGGAUGCCAAGAAGGGAAGAUGGUCCAAAAACCAUUCCCGAGCAACCGUGACAAGCGCACCUACAACACCUUCGAGAUGCUCCACUUCGACAUCUGCGGACCCAUGGAAGAAAAAUCUCUGGGUGGCAGCAAGUAUCUGCUGCUGAUCGUGGAUGAAGCCAGCGGAUGCAUGAAGGGUUUUUGUCUGCAUUCCAAGUCAGAGAGCGAAGAGUGCAUCAAGAAGUACAUCACGAUGAUACAGACGCAGUUCAACAAGAAGGUCAAAUUUGUGCGACACGAUGGAGCCCGCGAGUUUGCGACGAACUCGCUUCAAGAUUUCUACGAAGUCGAAGGCAUCGAGCAACAAACCACGGUGCCAUACGCACAUCAAGCCAAUGGAACUGCUGAACGCGCGAUUCGAACUAUCGUCACCAUCGGUCGUAGCAUGCUCCAUCAUGCCAAGUUGGACAAGUGCUUCUGGGCUGAAGCGGCAAUGACGGCCGUCUAUGUGAAGAACCGUUUUGUUGCAAUGUAG